CUCUUCCUUUGGGCAAUGCAAGCACAGAGGAACCAGAGGCAAGGGGUCCCUUUUCCCUAUGAUCCUCCCUCUGUGGAUCCUAUCCACACUACUUUCCUGUUACAGGCAGAAACGAGAUCUUUCAUCUUUCCUUUCUUAAUCCGUGGAGGAAAAUCAACACCAUUUUUUGUAUUUGUGUCAGCGUUUAUAUUCUGCUUAUAUAAUGGGUAUUUGCAAGGCCGAAGUUUAACUAAUUAUGCAGAAUAUCCAGCCAACUGGCUAACAGAACUACGUUUCAUUCUUGGGACUGCAGCCUGGCUAGGUGGUCUUCUGAUUAACAUGCACUCUGAUUAUAUUUUGAGAAACCUAAGAAAACCAGGGGAGACUGGAUAUAAAAUCCCAACAGGAGGAAUGUUUGAAUACGUAAGUGGAGCUAACUUCUUUGGGGAGAUUGUUGAGUGGUGUGGAUUUGCUCUUGCAUGCAACACACUAGAAAGUACAGCCUUUGCCACCAGUACAUUACUGGUAUUAGGAUGUCGAGCGUAUGCCCACCACCAAUGGUAUCUCAACAAGUUUGAAGACUAUCCACGUUCCAGGAAAAUUUUAAUUCCAUUUGUAUUCUGAAUUCUCUGUCAGACUUUAUGCUUUAAUUCUGUAUAAUGCCCUACAAUUGCAGGGGGCAGGGGAGGUUGGCUAAAACAGGGUUUUUAUAGAUAUUUUUAGGUAAAUUCAUCACAAUGUUAACAUGGCAUUGAGUGAUGUGAUGAUUAAUUCUCCAUUUUUAAUAUUAAACUCUAAAACCAGCAGAAAACUCUCCUGAUGAUUAUUAGUAGUUUCUUACUGAAUUUUGAUAAGGAAAGCUCAUGUUGUUAUAAACAUGAUUUAGAAAGCCAUAUCUGAUAUCAGAACAUAGAUUUUAAGAUAGAAUGUUUUUUGGAGUAGAUAGUUAUAUUAACUCUAAAUAAAAUAAUAAUAUUUUGCAAACAGUUAAUAAUGAAUGUGCACAGCACCAUGCUUCUUGAGUUUGGUAACCUGCAUGGAAAAUCCAGGAACAAAACCCAGUAUUUACUUUUAGCAAUGUGUAAGCAAAAUAUCAUAGCCCAGUAUUAUCUGUAAUGGUCUCUACAAUAUAUACAUAUACAUAUACAUAUACAUAUACAUAUACAUAUACAUAUACAUAUAUAUACAUACAUACAUACAUACAUACAUACAUACAUAUAUAUAUAUAUAUAUAUAUAUAUAUAUAUAUUCAUUUAGCAAAAAACAAACAAACCACCCAGUAAAUAUUCACUCUCAAGUGAAUCAAUAUAUCUAAUCACCCUUACUAUUCCAUUGGCAAAAUGCUGCUAAACUAAAUAUCACAAAAGGUACCUGAUUUCAAGUUGUUGGAAUCAGGAAAAGCUGCAAUUAUAGUGAUUAAGAUGUUAGAGCAGCAUUUCUAUAAAUGCUCAUAGUAUAAUCAUUGGGCAAAUUGAUCAUGUAUUGAUCAUAGCAUCUGAAUUCGAUAAUAGUUCUCUAGCCAAGACAAGAUAUUCUAAUUUAUUAUUGUAUGUUUAUGACCAGUGUCCCAAAGGUGCUUUUUCUAAAAGGCACCCUGGACUUUCUUGGAAUUCAUAUAAGAAACUCCGCUGCCCUGUACCUUAUCCCAGGUGAGGUUAAACAUCAUAAGCACUAGGUUUCAACCUGGUUUCUGGGAACUUGACUUAUUUGUAAAAACAAUAAAAGUAGGUAUAAACAAGCAAACAAACUCAAUAAAGGUAAAAGAUCCAGUCCCUGUCCAGUCUUGUCCGACUUUAGGGAAUAGUGCUCAUUUUCAUUUCUUGGUAAGGGAGCCAGCAUUGUCCGAAGACAUUGUUCAUGUCACAUGGUCAGCAUGGCUAUACGCCAAAGGUGCACAGAACACUAUUACUUUCCAACCAAAGUGGCACCUAUUAAUCUAUUCAUAUUUGCAUGCUUUCAGGUUGCUAGGUGGUUAGGAGCUGAUGUAAGGAACAGGAGCUCACCCCAUUGCAUGGGUCUCGAAUCUGGAAUCUGGAAUCCGAUUUGUCAAUUUUCCAGCUCAUAAGUUCAGUGUCUAUAAUCGCCAAACCAUCAUGCCUCCUCUAGAUUUCAACCUGCUUUCUGGGAACUUGGCUUAUUUGUAAAAACAAUAAAGGUGGGAUAUACAUACAUACAUACAUGUUGUUGUUGUUGUUGUUGUUAGUUGUGAAGUCAUGUCCAACCCAUCGUGACCCCUUGGACAACGUUCCUCCAGGCCUUCCUGUCCUCUACCAUCCUCUGGAGUCCAUUUAAGCUCAUGCCUACUGCUUCAGUGACUCCAUCCAGCCACCUCAGUCUCUGUCGUCCCCUUCUUCUUUUGCCCUCAAUCUUUCCCAGCAUUAGGCACUUCUCCAGUGAGUCCUUCCUUCUCAUUAGGUGGCCAAAGUAUUUCAGUUUCAUCUUCAGGAUCUGGCCUUCUAAAGAGCAGUCAGAGUAUGUAUGAACAUACAUACAUACAUACAUACAUACAUACAUACAUACACUCAAUAAUCUAGUUCAAUUCUCCUGCCUAAUUUAUACUUGACUAGGCUGCUUGGCUUUUGCUGGCAUGCACAGUUCUGAGAACUAAUUCCUGAUCUCACUUUAUGAAGUGAGAUCAGGAAUUAUACAUGAUCAUAUACAUAUAGGAAGGUUUAUGCUCGUAUCAUAGUUAUAUCUUUGUCCCCUGAAAUUAAUAAAAAAAGUUAUUGCCAUGACCAAUCUUCAUAUCAUUAUCUAAUUUCUUUAAUGUGCAUCUUUUUUCCACUAUAAAUACCAAAUUUAAUUUUUUUGCUUUAAAUAUUUAUCAGAAUUGAGAAAGAUAAUGUAUAACAAAUAAUUACAAUUAUUUAUUAUAGAACUAUAAUGAAACAGCAUAUUACGAUACCAAAGUUAGAGGAUGUUACAGCGAGAAAGCUGUUUACAAUUUGGAUGGGACAGAUGACUAUUUGCAAGGACAAUGAAUCAAUGACAAUGAAUCAGUAAAAUUUUACUUCAUUCAGAAGUAGGCUUUAUUUUAAUCAUGGGCCUUGUGGUAUAAUGUCAGCUAAUGAGAUAUUCCAGCAUUCCUGAUUGUUUGGUGACCUCCAAGGGGUUCACUGAAAAUACAAUCAUAGGUACAUUUGCAAUUCAGGAGCAUGAGCAGAUUCUGAAAUAGGAGUAGGAAAGGAUUCAUGAAUUCAGUUUAACAGUAAUGAAGUGCUGUUUUUGGUGCUAGGGUAAGGCAACAUGGGGCAUAUUAUCUCUAAAUAUAGAAUUAGUUCAGAAGCUGCUGUAGGACAACUGAUCAAAGAAAUGCCAGCACCCAUGGAUUGGAAAAGUAUUUAGGCCCUUUUGAAAAUGCUACAAGAUCCAAAAAAAGUACAACCAAUAGGCCAAUGCUAGCAGGAUCUCUUAGAACAGGAGUGUCCAUCCCAUAAUGUGGCCCCACAAGAUUGUAAACUUUUAAAGGAAAUUCAUUAUUUAUACACCUUAACUAUAUUACAUAUUGUAUGAGCGACCCAAGACAAUCCUUCUUCACUCAGUGUAGCCCACACAAGCCAAAAAGUUGAACACUCAUGGCUUAGAAGUUUGUUUAAAUCUCCCACACCUAUCUCCAGCUCUAGCUCUCCCUCCUACCUCUGGUGAUCUUAGAAAAUUAUGUGUGAGGCCUCUUUCAUAGACAAACGAUCAGAAAAGCACCAGGCCCAGAUGGAGUAACUCCCUCUUGUUUGCAAACCUAUGCUGAUCAACUGGCCCCCAGCUUCACCUGCAUCUUUAAUAAUCACUGGAGAUUUACAAUGUCUCUUUGCUUCAAAUGCUCUGGUAUCAUCUUGAUUCCCAAGAAAACCUCCAUUAGGGAGCUAAAUGACUACAGACUGGUUGCUCUGACAUCUGUAAUUAUGAAGACCUUUGAGAAAUUAGUGCUGGUCCACCUGAAAAUGCUUCCCCGACACCUCUCAAGACACUACUUCAGAGGAAGAUGAGCCAGUCACAUCAGAAGGAAAGGUAGCCGAGGGCUAUGAGCCAGGUGUGAAGGAGCUGAGCACAGGGGAGUGACUGGAUCAGCAGCCAGCUGAGCUAGGAACAGGAGAGGGACAUGGGGGACUGGGAAGGCCAGAGGUGGAGAGGGCUCAGAGCUGCAGCUGAUCAGUGGAGAUGAAGAACUGCCUCCUCCUCCUGAUCCAAGAGCACAUAGGGAUGAGAGGAGACAGGGACAAUGAAGGUCAGCCAGGCUAUUUGCGAGGCGACAGCCUCAUCCCUUUUAAUAGGCUGCACCAGAAAGCAUCUAAUUAGCUCAGCAAGGGGAGUAAAAUGAUGCUGGGAACAAAGUAUCUGUUUCCUUGCUGUGUAUUUUUCAGCUGUGGUGAUUCUUGUCUUGAACUUCAGAUCAUGCCUCUUGAAUUCUGGACUUGUGUUGUGGAUUUGCCUUUGCCUGGGGGACUUGCCUUGUCUAAUUCCGGCUUGGAAUCUUUAAUAAAGUCUACUUACACCUUCUCUCUCUCUCUCUCU